AUGUUUGUGUUUACUGGGAUCUCUGCUAAUUUCAGCCUGUUGCUUUUUUGUUACUUCUUUGGUGAUUUUUUUCUUGUUUUUCUUUAGCAAUUCCACUCACACUCAAAAUGCCAAUGUUCUGGAUGCAUUCCUCCAGCCAUUUUAAAUGAACCUUGAUAACUCUCACUUUUUCCAAUCUCCCACAAUCGUCUUUUGUUUUGCAUCACUUUUUAUCACUUUUUAUCAUUCUUUAUCGUUAUUUGCUAUUUUUUCGUCUAAUCCAUGUGUUUCGCUUUUUCUCUAUAUUUUUCUCUUUUUCCCAUUUGUUUUUUUGUUUUUCUCCCUUUCGUUUUUCACCCUUUCCGAUCCCUCAAAUUUUGCAUCGCUUUUUGCAAUCACCGCUCUUUUCAUUGGCCAGGGCCUUCUAUCUGCACAUUUAUCUCAUUUUUUUCCCAUUAUCUUUUUUUUUUUUUCAUCUUUUUUUUCGCUCACUAAUAUCCAUCCAUUUAUUUAAAUACUCUUCAAUUUCCAUUUAACUUCCUUUUACUUCUUUUUACUUGAACAAUUUUAUACUGUUUUACUGAUAAAACUUUUAAAAAAUUUAAUCG